UAUUGCGCCGAUGCCCUCUCGCAGAUCAACUGUAUCGAAGGAAUCAUGACUUCCAUGAAAAAUCAGCCGACACUAAUGCAUGAAUCUGCCCAUGCGUUGAAAUGUUUGAUGCGGAGGAAUAAUGGGAGUCUUGCUGCGCAGAUGUUGUCUACAGGAAUGGUUGAUUAUCUUUUGGAAGUGCUCCGUGGUGACCUGCCAGGUGUUUCAAACUCUCCAGCAGCUCGUGCUGAGAUUGUAGAUGCUUUGAAGAGCGCUUGCUUGGAUCUUCAAGUGGGAGAAAAGAUUUCAGAGAUUCUAAAUCGUUCUCCCGUUUGGGCCCAAUACCGAGAUCAACGACACGAUCUAUUCUUACCGGCUACCAGAACGCAGGCAAUCACUGGUAAGCUUUUCAGCAUUGUUCUUAUAGGUACUUCGACCGGUGUUGCUGGAUAUCUGACUGAAGGUAUGUUCAGUCCGCCACCACUCCAUUCGCAGCCUCCCCCUAUAGAACGAACUGGUUAG